GGUCCCUCUGUAUGUGGAGAGCUGACUGGAACGAGGAGGAGCAUGUGCAGGGAGGGACGCUGGAGGUUCCAUGUCACUGAGCGCAUGUAUGUUGAGCCUGUGUGACGGCGUCUCUGCCGGAGAGCUUCAGAGGCAGGAGCAGUUUGAGCAGUAACUCGCCUCCUCUUCCUCCUCCUCCUCCUCAUCCUCCUCCUCCUCCUCUGUGCCGUCAUGCUCGGCGCCUGAUGCGCGCAGAGGACGCAGGCGACCCGGGAGACAGCGAGAGGGGCGUGAUGGCCGGACGCGCCCUGACUCGGUCAUACAUCUGUAGAUAUCCUCCCGGGCUUCCGUUGGCUUCCCCUCCUCGUCCUCCUUCGUCCCUCGUCCAUGUCCUCCCUGCCCGCCUCCCUGGAUGGACGCUGCUGUCAACACACAUGUGCGCCGCGCAGUGAGAGCCCAUGAUCCUGGACUGCGCACAGCUCCGGCUGCUCUGUGCCAUGCUGCCUUAGGGUGACACUGAAGAAAUUCAAAGAAAAGAAGAAGUCUCUUCACCUUUUCACUUCCCAGCUGCUGCUCGUGACUGUAUUGAUGACGUACGCUGCGGGACAGUUGUUAUUCUGGAUUGAAUGAAGAUUUGUGCUCUGGAGUGAAGAGGAUGAGCAACACACAGGAUGUGGCUGCUGCACAUACAAAUAAGGUCAAGUAAAUCAUUUCCAUACAGGAGGAGGCAUCAGACGUCUCAGUAGCUGUGUGUAGGUUGUAAUUUGGGUGUUUUCCAGGAACAAAAGAGCGUCUUGGAUUGCACUGAAGGUUGUCGACAAGAGUGGAUUUUGUUUUCCGAGAUUAAAAUUUAAAUGACGGCGAACAAAGAAAUCUGUGCCUGACAUUAACGUUUGAAACAAAGACACCGGGAUUUGGGGGAUGGAUGAAACCAGCUGCUGCUCUGCUGCUGCUGAAUCUUCUGAGGAGAAACUUAAUCUCCCUCCAUGUAAGUUUUCUGCCUCCGUCGUGCCGUCAGAUUCUCUCACAUCCCAACACGCCGGCGAGCUGUCAGUCGUUCAUGCCAUUCUGUCUGGUUUCAUUCAUCUACUGUGAGUCCACUGAAGCCUGACCACAUGAGCGGCGCCCUGCAGCAACGCACCACCUACCUCAUCUCCCUCACCCUGGUCAAGGUAGAGGCCGUGGAGGAGAAUGGAGGAGAGGCCAAGAACAGCACCCAGGGGAAGGAGGUGGAGGCCGGGGUGAGAGGGGAGGCUGAAGGUGGAGCCCCGGCACAGGCUGAGAACGGAGCUGGAGUGAUUUCAGGACAAGCACAAAGAGCUGAGGAUGCUGCUGGUGUGAAGGGUGUUGAGGACGGAGAGAGAAAACCCCUCAGCCCUUUGAAAGAUGAGACACUGUCCGCUGUGGACGUCCCGGGUAAAGGAGGUGAGAAGCCUCCGUACAACCUCUCCAUCCCCUUACCUGCUGAGAGCGCAGCACCUCACAACACCAAGUCUGCAGAGGUAGACUUCAGAGUUGAGACGACACUUCCCACACCAGAGGCAAAGCAAUGCCGGUCUCCAUCCGUCACCACGACACCACCAACGGAGGUGUAUGUGGAGCCCAGCCGCACCCCGACCAGGACCAGCCUCCCUAUCCGUCCAGCGGGACAGCGUCCUGUCAGUCUGCUGAAGUCUCACAGCAGCGUGGCCACCCGAGGCCGUGAGUCCAGGGACGGCAGAGAGCGCAGCCCCACUUCGGCCCAGAGCCUCGACCGCAAGGACUGCCGCAUGCUGAUGCGUUCUCCGGGCCCGUGCAGGGCGUCCUGGGCCGAGGCGAGCAGGCCGGAAGAAUGGAGGGACCUGCGGGACGAAGCUCAUGCUGGAAUACCUUUAGAGGUGGGAGGUGGCAUGGCUGCGGUGAUGAGAGACAUGCCCAGGAAGGACAGACUGAAGGCCGGCUCCACCUCUCUACCUGCACCGGCCAACCAGGCCUCCAAACCAACGCGCAAAGGUAAAAGCCGCACGUUGGACAACAGCGACCUGAACAGCCUCUCUGAAGACCUGGGUCUGGCCCAGCAGACGCAGCAGGGCCACCGAGGCUCCGCCAAAGACAGGAAGAUGCUCAAGUUCAUCAGCGGCAUUUUCACCAAGAGCAGCUCCGGGACGGUGGGGUCCUCCUCCACAGCGCCCCCUGUCUAUAUACAGAGAGACUCCAGUGAGGAGGAAGUGAAUAUCGCCAACAGCCAAGAGUGGACGCUGAGCAGAUCCAUCCCCGAGCUGAGGCUGGGCAUUCUGGGAAGUCUGAAAAGCGGAAAGUCAGCGCUGGUGAACAAAUACAUCACGGGCAGUUAUGCUGCGCUGGAGAAGCCUGAUGGGGGCAGGUUCAAGAAGGAGGUGCUGGUGGACGGACAGAGUCAUCUGUUGCUGAUCCGGGAGGAGGCCGGGCCGCCUGAUGCACAGUUCAGCAGCUGGGUCGACGCCGUGAUCCUGGUCUUCAGUCUGGAGAACGAGGCCAGUUUCCAGGAUCUGUACCAGCUCUACAGCCAGCUCAGCACCUUCCGCACAGACAUCCCGCUCAUAGUGGUCGGAACCCAAGAUAAGAUCAGCAGCACCAACCCCCGUGUGAUCGAGGAUCAGCGAGCCAGACAGUUGUGCGUGGACGUGCGCCACUCGCUGUUUUACGAGACCUGCGCCACCUACGGGUUCAACGUGGACCGAGUGUUUUCAGAGGCCGCUCAGAAGAUUGUGGCUCAGAAGAAGCAGGCGGCGCUCCAGGCCUGCAAGUCGCUUCCAAACUCCCCCAGUCACUCGGGAGGAUCCACGCCUGGAUCAGCGUCGCUGCCGGGACAGACCUGUAACGGCCCCAGUAGUGGUGGCUACGCCUACUCCCUCCCCUCCACCCCCGUGGUGGGUCACAGAGAGCUGCGGGUGGCACAGGGAGAGGGGGGAGGCAGCAUCAACUCACGUGCGCUGAGGAGCAUCCCGAGACGGCCCUCCCUCUUCAAGAACCGGGACUCGGAUAAGAAAGCUGGAGACCUGAGGGGCGUUCCCAUCAAACAGAGCAUCCUGUGGAAGAGGAGUGGAAGCUCUCUGAACAAGGAGUGGAAGAAGAAAUACGUCACCCUGUCCAACAAUGGCACUCUGUCGUACCACUCCAGCUCCAGUGAUUACACACAGAAUAUCCACGGGAAAGACAUCGACCUGCUUCGUGUGACGGUUAAAGUUCCCGGGAAACGUCCUCCGAGAGCGGUGGCUCCCGCGGCGCCCUCACCUGCGGCCCCCGGCCCCCUACCUCGAGUUAACGGGCUGAGCAAAGAGCUGACGGCCGCUGACGGCACCAGCACAGUCCCUCAGCUGUGUCCGUCCACCCUGUCCGUGGUGGACGAUCGCUCCGGCGGUUUGUCGCCUCAAGGUGGAGAGAGAGGUCUUCAGCGCUGCUCGUCCUCGUUGUCCACCAAAGCACAAAGUGUUGACGCCCUCGAAGGGACGGCCGGUCCUUUUGCUGGAAAAGACGCGGGUCAGUCGUCUCCCAUGAGCGACAGGAAGAAGAACAGGAGGAAGAAGAGCAUGAAUCAGAAAGGAGACGCAGCCGUGGGACAGGCUGAAGCCAAACGUAAAAUGUGGAAGUUAAAGAGCUUUGGUAGCUUGAGAAACAUUAAUAAGACAGGUAACGAGUGAGAGCAGGUCAACGAGUCUGUUUUCAUACGUUCGUCCAAAGAAACCUCAGUUCUUCAUUUUCAUUCACUUUCAUUGGAACAAGA